AUGGCUACUGCUGAUAUUAUUCAAGCUGAAGACUUAAAUAAACAAUCUUAUGUAGAUGGUGGUUGUUCUUCUGUAAGUAAGAUAGAAAAACAGAAAACAAUUCUCAGUUCAAUAACAAAUAUUCCAAAACAAGAAUUUAUUAUUGGAAAAAAGAAAUAUUCUUUAAAUGAAUCAGAAACAAUACGAGAAGUUCGAAUUCGUAGUCUUUCUCAUUGGCCACAUUUCAUACCAAGUAAUCAAUCAAUGAUAUCUGCCGGUUGGUUUUCAUGUAAUGUUAAUGAUCGAGUUAUUUGUAUAUAUUGUAAUACAAUUUGUCAUGAAUGGACAAAUAAUGAUGAUCCAAUUGAAGUUCAUAAAAGACUUUCUCCAAAAUGUCCAUUUGUUAUUUCAAUGCCUUUAGUAAAUAAUUCACCAAAAAUAAUUAAUGAUACACUUGAAGAAAAAUUUCAACCAUCUCAUCCAACAAUGACUGAAAUAUCACGUCGAGAACAAACAUUUUCUAAUGCUAAUUGGACAGAAAAUUGUCCAAGUAUUGAAAGUUUAGUUCGUGCUGGAUUCUUUUUCACUGGUGUUAAUAAUACAGUGACAUGUUUUUAUUGUAAUGGUUCAUUACAUAAAUGGGGUCCAAAAGAUAAUCCUAUGAUUGAACAUGCUCGUUGGUUUCCUAAUUGUACUUAUGCUAAGCAUUUAUGUGGAAAGCAAUUAUAUGAAAAAAUUCAAGCAUUAAAAACAAAACUAAACUUAAAAGAAAAUAAAAUUAAUAAAGAUGAACUUGCUCGGUUAGUUAGAGGAAGACUUGAUUUACCUAUAGUUGAACGUCUUCGUUUACAAUAUCCAUUAGAAAUAAUUAAAUGUUGUAUUGAAGAUCAAUUAAAACUCAAAAAUGAUGAUUUUAAAUCAGAUAUUGAUUUAUCAAUGGCUUGUUCAAUUCUUCAAAAACAAAUUGAAAUUAUUCAAGGUUCUUCUGAUAAUAUUAUAAUUCCAUCAAAAUAUCAACAAUUAGACAAUUCAUCUCAAUUAUUAAAACAAUCAUUAGGUGAAUGUUUUAUAUGUCUUAAUGAAGAAAAACAAUUAGCAUGUAUGCCUUGUGGACAUUUAUGUGCUUGUGUUCCUUGUGGAUAUGCACUUCGUUCAUGUCCAAUUUGUAGACAAAAAAUUCAAUCUUUUAUUAGAAUUAAUUGUUAA